AUUGUUGUGAAGAGUCUUAAAGGGGCCGCAUCACCCGGCCGGCCCGGCGCAGGGCGGGGGUGGGUGCGGCGGGGGUCCGGUAGCUGCGGAGCGCGGAGAAAGGAUAGGAAAGCGGACUGGGGGUGUGAGAGCCGGUGAAACGGAUCGGGCAUCGGAUCAACCCCUUCAACAGGGCCCGCCCCGGCCCCGGCCCCGGCCCAGCCGGAUGGACCCCCCGCGGCCAAGCGGAGCCGGGGCUGCCCCGCGGGACCGGAGGAGCGCGAUGCCGGGGCCGGGGCCAUGCGUGGCCGGGGCCGGCCCGAGGCGCUGCUGGACCUCAGCGCCAAGCGAGUAGCAGAGAGCUGGGCCUUCGAACAGGUUGAGGAGCGGUUCUCCCGGGUUCCAGAACCAGUUCAGAAGCGCAUUGUGUUUUGGUCGUUUCCACGUAGUGAACGGGAGAUAUGUAUGUACUCGUCUCUGGGCUACCAGCCCCCAGAGGGUGAGCAUGAUGCCCGGGUGCCCUUCACCCGCGGCCUGCACCUACUGCAGAGCGGAGCUGUGGACCGAGUGCUACAAGUGGGGUUCCACUUGAGUGGAAGCAUCCGGGAGCCAGGGGGCCCUGGAGAGCCUGAGCGCCUCUACCACGUCUCCAUCAGCUUCGACCGCUGCAAGAUCACAUCUGUGAGCUGUGGCUGUGACAACCGAGACCUUUUCUACUGUGCCCAUGUGGUGGCCCUGUCACUGUACCGCAUCCGGCACGCCUGCCAGGUGGAGCUGCGGCUGCCCAUCUCUGAGACGCUCUCCCAGAUGAACCGGGACCAGCUGCAGAAGUUUGUGCAAUACCUCAUCAGCGCCCACCACACGGAGGUGCUGCCCACUGCCCAGCGCUUGGCCGAUGAGAUCCUCUUGCUGGGCUCUGAGAUCAACCUGGUGCAUGGUGCCCCAGACCCCACAGCAGGUGCAGGCAUUGAGGAUGCUAACUGCUGGCACCUAGAUGAGGAGCAGAUCCAGGAGCAGGUGAAGCAGCUUCUGUCCAAUGGAGGCUACUAUGGUGCCAGCCAGCAGCUGCGCUCCAUGUUCUGCAAGGUGCGGGAGAUGUUGCGGAUGAGGGACUCCAACGGGGCCCGCAUGCUGAUCCUCAUGACUGAGCAGUUCCUGCAAGACCCACGCCUGGCCCUGUGGAGGCAGCAAGGAGCAGGCAUGACAGACAAGUGCCGCCAGCUAUGGGAUGAGCUCGGGGCCCUGUGGGUGUGCGUGGUCUUGAGCCCCCAUUGCAAACCAGAGGAACGAGCCAGCUGGCUCCAGCUGCUGGGCAAGUGGAACAAGCUGGACGUGUGCCCGCUGGAAGAGGGCAACUACUCCUUUGAUGGGCCCAGCCUGCAGUCCCCCAAGGCCCUCAGCCCAGGCCUGGAGGAGGAAGAAGAGGAGGAAGAGGAGGUGGCAGCAGGUUCCCGCCACACAGUGUUUGGCCGCGCCCUGCAGGCUGGGUCAUUGCACUGGAGCGACACCCACUUGCAGAGGAUCCUGGCCAGUGACUCCUACAGCCCCAGUCUCACAGGCAACAUGGGCAGCGACAAGCCAACCUCUGACCCCCAGGGCCGCCCACUCUGGCUGGGUGAGCCCUUCCCCACGGCCUGUGCCCGCGUGGACACCCUGCGUGCCCACGGGUACCCACGCCAGGCCCUGCGGUUGGCCGGCGCCAUAGUCAACACACUGCGGCUGCAGCGGCGACAUCAGCUGGAGAGCUACAAGCAGCAGAAGAAAGAGCUGCUGCAGAAAGGUUCCACUUGUAUCACCAACACGGAAGGAUGGGUGGGCCACCCCCUGGAUCCCAUUGGCUGCCUCUGCAGGGCACUCCUGGAAGCCUGUCGCUUGGAGGAAGAAAGCCUCGCCCUUUACCCAGACUCAGGCCCUGAGAAGCGGAAGGUCGCCUACCAGCAUGUACCUGUGCCUGGGAGCCCUGGGGAGUCCUACUUGGCACUGGCGCUGGAGGUAGCACUGCUGGGCCUGGGGCAGCAGCGGGCCCUGCCUGAGGGAUUGUACGCCCAAGACAAGGUGGUGCGCAAUGAGGAGCAGCUGCUGGCCCUCCUGGAGGAGGUGGAGCUGGAUGAGCGGCUGGUGCAGGUGCUGCGUAAGCAGGCCGGGCUGCUUCUGGAAGGGGGUCCCUUCAGCGGCUUUGGAGAGGUGCUGUUCCGGGAGAGCGUGCCCAUGCACACCUGUGCCCGCUACCUGUUCACUGCACUGCUGCCCCACGACCCCGACCUGGCCUACCGCCUGGCACUUCGAGCCAUGAGGCUGCCGGUACUAGAGACAGCGUUUCCCGCCGGAGAGCCUCACCCCAACCCACUGGACUCCAUCAUGAGCAACCGCUUCCCACGCUGGUUUAUCCUUGGCCACCUGGAGACCCGCCAGUGCGAGCUGGCCUCCUCCAUGCUGACAGCUGCCAAGGGAGACCCCAAAUGGCUGCACACAGUACUGGGCUCCAUCCAGCAGAAUAUCCACUCGCCAGCCCUGCUCUUCAAGUUGGCACAGGAUGCCUGCAAGACAGCCACCCCAGCCAGUGUACCACCCGACACCACCCUGCUGGGCAUAGCGCUGGAGCUGGGCCUGCAGGUGAUGCGGAUGACCCUGAACACUAUGACCUGGCGGCGGAGGGAGAUGGUGCGCUGGUUGGUCAGCUGUGCCACAGAAAUCGGCCUGCAAGCCCUUGUGAACAUCAUGCAGAAUUGGUAUUCUUUAUUCACACCGGUGGAGGCGGCCACCAUCGUGGCAGUGACGGGCACCACUCAUGCCACACUAUUACGACUUCAGCUAGAUGCUCCCCGGCGGGAGGAUCUCUGGGCCUGUGCCCGAACUCUGGCCUUGCAGUGCGCCAUGAAAGACCCUCAGAACUGCGCCUUGCCCGCCCUCACCCUGUGUGAGAAGAACCACGCGGCUUUUGAGGCGGCCUACCAGAUUGUACUGGAUGCAGCAGCUGGAGGCCUGGGCCAUGCCCACCUGUUCACCGUGGCACGCUAUAUGGAGCACCGUGGCCUUCCUCUGCGUGCUUACAAGCUGGCCACAUUGGCCCUGGCACAGCUGAGCAUCGCUUUCAACCAAGACAGCCACCCAGCUGUCAACGAUGUGCUUUGGGCCUGCUCACUCAGCCAUUCGCUGGGUCGCCACGAGCUUUCGGCCAUUGUCCCCCUCAUCAUUCGCAGCAUCCACUGUGCCCCCAUGCUCUCUGACAUCUUGCGCCGCUGGACCCUCUCAGCACCUGGUCUGGGCCCCCUGGGGGCCCGCCGGGCUGCCAAGCCACUGGGCACUGACCGGGCGCCUCUCUGCCAGCUCCUGGAUGCAGCUGUGGCAGCAUACAUCACCACCAGCCACUCCCGCCUCACACACAUCAGCCCUCGGCACUACGGCGACUUCAUCGAGUUCCUGGGCAAGGCCCGUGAGACCUUUCUGCUGGCACCUGACGGGCACCUCCAGUUCGCCCAGUUCUUAGAGAACCUCAAACAGACCUACAAGGGCAAGAAGAAGCUCAUGCUCUUGGUGCGGGAGCGUUUUGGCUGAGGGGCAACCAGCAGGUGGGGGUGAUCCCGCUGCAUGCCUGCCUCUUGGGCACCCGCUCUUCAGGGCCUCAACGCUGUAGGCCCUUGUGGCAUUUCAGUAUUAAGUCAGGGAAGGAUCCUGGCAGGAACUAAGUGGUCUUGCCAUCCCCCCCACCCCAAGCCCAGCUGGAGAUGAGAGGCAGGGGGUGGCAUCCUGCCAUGUGCGUGCCUAGGAGUGUUGGAGCCAGUGUGAGACGCAAGGAUCAGAAGCCAUAGCACCACCUAGAGUCUUGGAGGGGGGUGUGUGCUUGGGCAGUUGGUGUGACCCCCACCUUGGAAACCCCAAAAGCAAUAGGCAAUCUCCUCCCUGAACUUGUAGGCCCGGCUUGGGCUGGGGGGUGGGGUGCAUGGGGAAGCUGGGAGGUAGGACUUUCCAGAAACCUGUCCUCAUUGUCAAUGUAGCAGACACUUCCUGCACCCACUUUAGGUGGCCAGGGGACUUAGGUUAGGGCAUUGAAAGCUCCUUUUGUACCCUCCCCUCACUGCCUCAGGGUCCCCAUCCCUGCCCCCUCCAGGCUGCCCAGCUGGGACCAAUGGCUCAUCCCAACUGAAGGAUUUGAAGAGGCCUCAGACCUCGACCACAUACCUCAUCCCUUGUCCAAUGAGGACUCUAUUCCCUUGGGUGCCGGGGUCCCAGAGUGGACUUGGGGGAUCAUUGCUGUCCCUCCUCCUACCAGCUAGUCACUGGAUGUACAACUCAGGAACUGAGCCAGGCUCACGUCCCCCAAACCUGGUGUCAGGGGAAACAAGUGCAGGAGAGCCAGGGACCCUUGCCCCUGAUCUGGAAAGGGAGAGGCCAGCAUCUUGGCAUUAUCUGCCUCGCUGUCCCUUUCACCUGUGCCUCCCAGCUCCUCUUUACCUUACUCCCUUUCCAUAUUUCUCUGUCUUGCCUGCAUUUCUAUUUGUGUCUCUUAAGUCCCACUGCCUCUCUUUCACCUCCCUCCCUCUUGGCCCAGGAAGGAGGGGGGAGAAUAUUUCACCCCACCCCAUUCCCUCUAUCUUUUCUCCUCUUGUAAUUAAGGACAAAAGAUCAUGUCAUUUUGUAACAUUUUUCUAUUUAUUGAACUAUAUAUUGUAUUUCCCUUU